UAUAAUUUUUGACAAAACUUCUCGUGUUUCUAUAUAUUUACCGGACCACGAUCUUCGGAACCCUAGCUCUUCGAUCCUUUUGUGGGCAGAGAUCAAAUAAAGCUGCACAGCAGGAGUUCCCUCGCCUACGCAUUCAAGUGAUCUCACCUGGUUAUCGAGUUUGGUGCUAUGAUGGAUGGUGACUCCGGCACACUGGCUGAAUCAAAUAUUUCAUGUGGACGUUGCGGCAAGCCUGCUCACCUUCAAUGUCCCAAAUGUGUCGAACUAAAGCUACCUCGAGAAGGUGCUGCAUUUUGCUCUCAGGAUUGCUUCAAAGCUUCAUGGAGUUCUCAUAAAUCAGUCCAUGUGAAACUAAAAGGUGAUGUGGCUCUUACUAAUUCUGACGAGUUGCAAAAGAGUUGGCUAUACUGCCUAAAGAAAGGCCAAGCCCGGACGGCUCGGCCUCCACUUUUUGAUUGGACUGGCACACUAAGACCAUAUCCAAUAUCAAAAUUUCGAGCAGUUCCUGGGUCGAUUGAGAAACCUGAUUGGGCCAUAGAUGGAGUCCCCAAGAUCGAACCAAACAGUGACUUGCAGAGUAGAGUAGAAAUAAAGACGGCAGAUCAGAUCGACCGAAUGAGAGAAACAUGCCGGAUUGCUCGGGAGGUUCUGGAUGCUGCUGCUCGUUUCAUUCGCCCAGGAGUAACCACCGAUGAAAUUGAUGAAGUGGUACAUGAAGCAACCAUUGCUGCUGGUGGAUAUCCUUCUCCAUUAAAUUAUCAUUUCUUUCCCAAAUCUUGUUGCACAUCUGUUAACGAGGUCAUCUGCCAUGGUAUUCCUGAUGCCAGGAGACUAGAAGAUGGUGACAUUGUUAAUGUUGAUGUAACUGUGUAUUACAAAGGUGUCCAUGGUGAUCUGAACGAGACUUACUUUGUUGGAAAUGUGGAUGAAGAGUCUCAACGACUUGUUCGUUGCACAUAUGAAUGCUUGGAGAAAGCCAUUUCUAUAGUUAAACCUGGAGUUCGCUUUCGUGAGGUUGGUGAAGUCAUCAACCGACAUGCAUCAAUAUCUGGGUUCUCUGUGGUGAAAUCAUACUGCGGUCAUGGUAUUGGAGAGCUGUUUCAUUGUGCUCCUAAUAUCCCUCAUUAUGCUAGAAACAAAGCAGUUGGCUUAAUGAAAGCUGGACAAACAUUUUCAAUUGAGCCCAUGAUUAAUGCUGGAGUUUGGCGUGAUCGAUUGUGGCCCGACGGAUGGACUGCAGUCACUUCAGAUGGUAAAAGAAGUGCUCAAUUUGAGCACACUCUUUUGGUGACGGAGACAGGUGUUGAGGUUCUAACAGCUCGGCUGCAAUCAUCUCCUAAUGUUUUCCCAUGGCUGAGCUCAUAAUAACCCCCAGAAUUCGCACCAUAUUGUAUUAUAUAUAUAU